CUCCGCGCUCCAGGGCUCCUCGGCUAGACGUCCACCGCCCGCGCCCGCUCUGCUCCGGCCCGCCGCCGAGGCCGCUCCCGGACGUCAAGAUGCCGGCCGUGUCCAAGGGGGACGGGAUGCGGGGCCUGGCGGUCUUCAUCUCCGACAUCCGCAACUGCAAAAGUAAAGAAGCAGAAAUAAAGAGGAUAAACAAGGAACUGGCAAAUAUUAGAUCAAAAUUUAAAGGUGACAAGGCUCUUGAUGGCUACAGUAAAAAGAAGUACGUCUGCAAGUUACUCUUCAUCUUCCUCCUUGGCCACGACAUUGACUUUGGACACAUGGAGGCUGUGAAUCUGCUGAGCUCCAACAGAUACACAGAAAAGCAGAUCGGCUACCUAUUCAUCUCAGUGUUGGUGAACUCGAACAGUGAGCUGAUCCGUCUGAUUAACAAUGCCAUCAAGAACGACCUGGCUAGCCGCAACCCUACCUUCAUGGGCUUGGCCCUGCACUGUAUAGCCAACGUGGGCAGCCGUGAGAUGGCCGAGGCCUUUGCUGGGGAGAUCCCCAAGAUCCUUGUGGCAGGAGACACCAUGGACAGUGUGAAGCAGAGCGCUGCCCUGUGCUUGCUGCGCUUGUAUAGGACGUCCCCUGACCUUGUUCCCAUGGGUGACUGGACAUCCCGUGUGGUGCACCUCCUCAAUGACCAGCACUUGGGUGUAGUGACCGCUGCCACCAGCCUCAUCACCACGCUGGCUCAGAAGAACCCUGAGGAGUUUAAGACCUCCGUGUCCCUGGCUGUCUCCCGGCUGAGCAGAAUUGUGACGUCUGCGUCAACAGAUCUCCAGGAUUAUACUUACUACUUUGUCCCGGCCCCCUGGCUGUCAGUCAAACUUCUGAGGCUAUUGCAAUGCUACCCACCCCCAGAAGACCCUGCGGUGCGAGGCCGCCUGACAGAGUGCCUGGAGACCAUCCUGAACAAGGCCCAGGAGCCGCCCAAGUCCAAGAAGGUGCAGCACUCCAAUGCCAAGAACGCCGUGCUGUUUGAGGCCAUCAGCCUGAUCAUCCACCACGACAGUGAGCCGAACUUGCUUGUCCGUGCCUGCAACCAGUUGGGCCAGUUCCUGCAGCACCGCGAGACCAACCUGCGCUACCUGGCCCUGGAGAGCAUGUGUACGCUGGCCAGCUCCGAGUUCUCCCACGAGGCAGUCAAGACUCACAUUGAGACUGUCAUCAAUGCCCUCAAGACGGAGCGGGACGUGAGUGUGCGGCAGCGGGCCGUGGACCUGCUCUAUGCCAUGUGUGAUCGCAGCAAUGCCCAGCAGAUUGUGGCUGAGAUGCUGAGUUACCUGGAGACGGCGGACUACUCCAUCCGAGAGGAAAUUGUGCUGAAGGUGGCCAUCCUGGCUGAGAAGUAUGCAGUGGACUACACCUGGUAUGUGGACACCAUCCUGAACCUCAUCCGCAUCGCGGGCGACUAUGUGAGUGAAGAGGUGUGGUACCGCGUCAUCCAGAUUGUCAUCAACCGUGACGACGUGCAGGGCUAUGCCGCCAAGACAGUGUUUGAGGCGCUGCAGGCUCCAGCGUGCCAUGAGAACCUGGUCAAAGUGGGCGGCUACAUCCUGGGGGAGUUUGGAAACCUGAUAGCCGGGGACCCUCGAUCCAGUCCUCUGAUCCAGUUCAACCUGCUCCACUCCAAGUUCCACCUGUGUAGUGUCCCCACCCGGGCACUCCUGCUGUCCACCUACAUCAAGUUUGUGAACCUCUUUCCGGAGGUGAAGGCCACCAUCCAGGAUGUGCUUCGCAGUGACAGCCAGCUCAAGAAUGCGGAUGUGGAGCUACAGCAGCGUGCCGUGGAGUACCUGCGGCUGAGCACCGUCGCCAGCACCGACAUCCUGGCCACCGUCCUGGAGGAAAUGCCACCCUUCCCUGAGCGUGAGUCCUCCAUCCUGGCCAAGCUCAAGAAGAAGAAGGGCCCCAGCACGGUGACUGACCUGGAGGAGACCAAGCGGGAACGGAGCGUUGAUGUGAACGGCGGCCCUGAACCCGCCCCGGCCAGCACCAGCGCUGCGUCCACGCCAUCUCCGUCGGCAGACCUGCUGGGCCUGGGGGCUGCUCCCCCUGCCCCAACGGGGCCCCCUCCUGCCUCCAGCGGGGGGCUGCUAGUGGACGUGUUCUCGGACUCGGCUUCCGCGGCUGCACCUCUUGCUCCUGGCUCUGAAGACAACUUUGCCAGGUUUGUGUGUAAAAAUAAUGGUGUGUUGUUUGAAAACCAGCUGCUUCAAAUCGGGCUUAAGUCUGAAUUUCGGCAGAAUUUAGGCCGGAUGUUCAUAUUUUAUGGAAACAAGACGUCCACACAGUUCCUAAACUUCACUCCAACACUAAUCUGUGCAGAUGACCUUCAGGCUAAUCUGAAUCUACAGACUAAGCCUGUGGACCCUACUGUGGAUGGGGGUGCACAAGUGCAGCAAGUGGUCAACAUCGAGUGUGUGUCUGACUUCACGGAGGCGCCUGUCCUCAACAUCCAGUUCAGGUACGGUGGCACCUUCCAGAAUGUGUCUGUCAAGCUGCCCAUCACACUCAACAAAUUUUUCCAGCCCACAGAAAUGGCUUCUCAGGAUUUCUUCCAACGAUGGAAACAAUUGAGCAAUCCACAGCAAGAAGUGCAGAACAUCUUCAAAGCAAAGCAUCCGAUGGACACAGAAAUCACUAAAGCAAAGAUUAUAGGAUUUGGUUCUGCCCUCCUUGAAGAAGUUGAUCCUAACCCUGCAAACUUUGUGGGCGCUGGCAUCAUACACACCAAAACCACCCAGAUUGGCUGUUUGCUGCGCCUAGAGCCGAAUCUGCAAGCCCAGAUGUACCGACUCACACUGCGCACCAGCAAAGACACCGUCUCCCAGAGACUCUGUGAAUUGCUGUCAGAACAGUUCUAACCUCCAAGGCCGAAGAUCAGACACGUGUUUGUGCGUCUCUCUCUCUCUCUCUUUCUCUCUCUCUCGUCUCUACAGUUUGUCUUCGUUACCAUACCGCAGAUAAACACCCCUUAUCUGAAACCGCCGCACAAGGCCCCUCCAGACCCCACACCCAUAGCUGGCCCCUUGGGUGUGGAGAGGACGCAGGGCAUGGUUCAAGAAGGUCUGCAACGGGCCGGCCCCAUCAGAGGAGGGCGCCUGGGCCUGGGCGAUCAAGACAGCCCUGUGGUUCAACCUGCAAAUUAAAGGGAAAUUGGAACUCUGAA